AUGGAAGACUGCAUACCCCAAUCUGGUGAAAUUUCUGAUCCUGAAAUCUACACCUUUAUUUUUCACAUCCUCACAAUUUUUAUGACACCAAUUCAUGUCUAUGGAACAUACUGUAUUUUCUUCAAGACUCCUUCUCAAAUGACUUCUGUAAAAUGGCUAAUGUUGAACUGCCAUUUUUGGAAUGUUCUAUUAGACUUGAGUAUUUGUUUUCUAUCAAUCCCAUAUAUUUUCCAUCCGACCUUUUCGGGAAUCGCACUUGGCGUUAUUGACUUUCCAGAACUCGAAGUAUACCUAGUGAUAACAUUGAUCGGUCUGGUUACAAUUUCGAUUUGGAGUAUCCAUGAAAAUCGUUACCAUGUAUUGUUCGGUGCGGAUAAUAACCCCAUAUGGUGUUUGAUGAGAAAACCGAUGAUGCUAGUGAAUUAUUUUGCAGCUAUAACAUAUUUCAUACCACCAUACUUUGUGCUCCCUGAUCAAAAUCAGGAAUUUGUAAAAAUCCAAGAAAUUCUUCCUUGCAACCUUCAGCAAGCCUACGCUAGUCGAAAAGUGUUUAUAUUGUCUGCUGGCAAAGAUUUCCCUCUAUACUGUUGCUUUGUUUUUUAUGUCCUUGCUGUCGGUCAAUCAAUUCCAUUAUUCUUUAUAAUCAUUAUCAAAUUGAUUAGAAAAAGUCGCAAGAAGGAAUCCACGGCAUCUCUAAAGACCUUGAAAAUGAGAAAGAAACUAGUGAUAGCUCUUAUCAUACAAACUAUCAGUCCAUGCUUACUGAUAAGUAUCCCUGUGGAAUACCUGGCUCUGGCAACAUAUCUAAAUUAUUACAACACUUCUUUGAAUCGUUUUUCAAUGAUUUUAUUUGGUCUCCAUGGGGUUUGCUCUACGUUGACCAUGAUUUUUGUGCAUCAGCCUUAUCGAGAAGCCACUGUUGAUAAUUUUUAUUGGUUGAUGAUGUGUAGGCAGAACUCUAAAAAAAUCAGUGUGGCUCCAACGACUAUGCAUUCUUGA